GCUGAAAGGUACAUGCAGACCUCAUUAUGGGCCACUACACAAAGCCGUAGGGAAAGUUAAUGAAUCUGCAGGAGAUCUACAUUGUUUGAGGAGCAGCACAAAAAAAACCCCAAAAACAAGCAUAUUUUACCCUACAGAAAGCUUGGCACAUGUACCCGAGGUUGAUAGGGUUAAAAAAAACUUCUACUUUGGGCAUAUAUCGUCUUAUUUGUUUUGCUUUUAUACUUUCUCUCCAUUUGCUUUUGCGAUGAUUCCGAGUCCGAUCACUUCGACUCCUUUCUCGGUUAAGGAUAUUUUGAAACUGGAGCAACAGCACCAUUCACGCGAAGCUUUCCAGCACCAAGAGAUUCUGGUGAAGGACUCGGACGUGUCUUCUGCGCAGUCGCCUUACUGCAUGUACGCCCCAAUGAAAAACUCUGACGCUCUGCUUUACAGCCCGGAGAGACUCGACUGCACGGCCGAAGAGAAUCUCGUGAAAUGCGACAUCGGUCCAGACGAGUUUGACAUCUUAAGGAGUUCUUGUGGAUCUCCAACAGAAGAAAUGGAUCCCAACGAGGAGCCGGGAAGCUGCGGUCUGGGUGAUUCUCCAAGCAGCGGCAGCAAAAAAGAGGGUGACUCAGCCGACCGGCCGCAGCACAAACAGAGAAGGAAACCCAGAGUUCUGUUCUCUCAAGCGCAAGUCUUCGAACUGGAGCGGAGGUUCAAACAGCAGCGGUACCUGUCGGCUCCGGAACGGGAGCACCUAGCCAACAUGCUGAAACUCACCUCGACCCAAGUCAAAAUCUGGUUCCAGAACAGGAGAUACAAGUGCAAGAGGCAGCGGCAAGACAAGAGCCUGGAGCUGGCGGGACACCCGCUUCCACCGCGAAGGGUCGCCGUGCCAGUCUUGGUUCGAGACGGCAAACCCUGCCUGGGAGGGUCCCAGGCAUACACUGCUCCUUACAACGUGACAGUCAGCCCCUGUCCUUACAACACGUACUAUGGCAGCUACAGCAACAACCCGUACAGCUGCAGUUACGCAGGGGUACCCGCGGUGCCAAGCGCGGCACCAACUGCGGGCCAUUUAAUGAACAUGAAUGUAAACAUGGGAAGCGUUGCGCACCAUCAGGGGCAACAGGCGUAUCUGCAAGGAAUCCGGGCCUGGUGAGGUGGUGGGCUUAAAUCACAGAACAAAAAAAGACAUGUGUUCUUAAACAAGAGUGUACAAUCUAUUUCACGGUGAACCAACUUGCAGUUGAUUUGGAGGUUCAGACUAUAAACCACAGCAACAUAACCGCACCAAAUUCCAGUUUCGAUCUCGUGGAUUUCUAUAUGUAAUAUCGUAUUAGUAAUAGAUUUAUAUGUUGUGAAAGUGCACGCGUUGUGGUGCUGUCGUGAGAACUCUGUGACGCAAACGUGUAUGUUCAUAUUUCAUUUUUUUUUUUUUAUUUAUUUCUUAGCAGACGCCCUUAUCCAGGGCGACUUACAAUUGUUACAAGAUAUCACAUUAUUUCACAUUAUACAGAUAUCACAUUAUUUUUACAUACAAUUACCCAUUUAUACAGGUGGGUUUUUACUGGAGCAAUCUAGGUAAAGUACCUUGCUCAAGGGUACAACAGUAGUGUCCCCCCACUGGGGAUUGAACCCACAACCCUCCGGUCAAGAGUCCAGAGCCCUAACCAUUACGCCACACUGCACGGCAGCGGAAAUAAUAAACGAGACGUUUACAUUUACACAGGCUCGUAGGAAUUGACUUUUGUUCUGAAGAAUUGUUACAAACUGUUUUGAUGGCGCGUAAGGUCCAUUGCGCCCAUUUAAAAUAAGGAUCGGCUAGAACCUUUGAACAUAUGCAAUUAUUCUUGCAGUAAAAGUGCAUUACAUCCAGUUUUGUAGCUGUUGAAAAGUAGGGACGUUUUUCCUUCCUUUUUUAUAUUAUGCUACCCAUAUAACUGAGUGAGCAUCGCUUUUCAAUAUGGUAAACGCUGUAAAGACGGCCUGGUUUUAUUUCUACAAUUACUUAACCAUGUCACAGAAUCCAAUCGCUCUUCUCGUUCUCAAAUGUAAAAUUGUAUUAUUUAUCUACUCUUUGUAAAGAAAAAAAACAACUUUUUUUUUUGGUGACAUUUGUACUUUUGUAUACAGAAGUUCUCUCAGUUUACAUGUUGCUGGUUCGAUAGACUCCCAUUUUAAAAAGUAAAAAAACAUAGAAUGUCAAUGUCAAACACUUAGUAUAUGUAUC